AUGGCGUCAACCCUUGCAAUCACCACAACUCUUAUCACCGACUUCACACGCGGAACGAGCAGCUUCUCCUGCCGGCGCCUACUUAUACCCUUGAGAAUCUGUACUAUGGCCCAUGGCCCUCGCCCAACCGGCGUUUUCUCGUCUUCCACUGCCCCAUCACUACGACAGUCGGGUGCGCUGUCAAAUGUCUCCACACAGCAAUCAUCGAUCCUAGCUGCCCGUGUUGCUGCCAAAAGGUCUGAACUCGAUGACCUCAAGCAGUUGCGCGAGGUAAGCGGCGCAUUGGCGACCCAAAUGGAAGCCUUAAACCAGAAGCUUGAAACGUUGCGAGACGGCGCAGAAGGUGCUAGCUCUAUUGAAGGCCUUCUUGCGUUAACCAUUUACGUGGCUUAUGCUACAGCCGUUGCGUGCGUUAUGGCAAACUGGGAGAAUGUGUUAAGAGCUAUUAAUAUGGCAUCCAUAAAAGCAUCCCAGAUCCCUCCUGUAGAAGCCGAAUCAGCCUCUCAAGCAGAUAUUCCAAGGGCGGAGCCCUCGGUUCUUCCUGCGCCAUUGGUGAGAAUACCCGCCGAACCUCUGCGCACAACGUCGAGUUCGGCGCCGCAGGAUUCGUCGUGA